CUGUAUUUUCAUUGACUAGGAGGCUUCUGCCAAAUUCUACCUGUAACUGGUAAGCUGGAUGUGUGACUGCUCUAUCCCCUUGCAACCAGGGGUCAUGCCAGCUGGACACACUCUCCUUCCGGGGCCCCUGGCGCCAGGAGGGCACUGAGACCACAGCUUUUGAGACCCUGAACCCAGGUUUGAGUCUGUGUCUCAACGGUGCUGCUCAAGGACGACCUCCCAUGGCAAUGAUCUCCUCAUUGCUCCUGGCCUUUCUAUUCCUGGCUCCAGCCACGGUAGCCACUCCCCAAGCUGACAGUCAGUGUCUGGCAUGUGGGGGGCCUACCUUGGACCUGGAAAGCCAGCGGGACCUUCUUCUUAACCUGGCCAAGAGAAGCAUCUUGGACAAACUGCACCUCACCCAGCGCCCAACACUGAGCCGGCCUGUGUCCAGAGCUGCUCUGAGGACUGCGCUGCAGGGCCUCCACGGGCCCCCACAGGGGGUUCUUCCAGAGGCUGACAGGGCACAGGAGUAUGAGAUCAUCAGCUUUGCUGAAACAGGCCUCUCCAACAUUGACCAGACUCGUCUUGAUUUCCACUUCCCCUCUGAUAGAACCUCUGGUAGCCUGGAGGUCCAGCAGGCCAGCCUCAUGUUCUUUGUGCAGCUCCCUCCCAAUGCCACCUGGACUUUGAAGGUGAGGGUCCUUGAGCUUGGCCCCCAUGGUACCAAUCUCACCUUGGCCACUCAGCACCCACUGGAGGUAAAUAACAGUGGUUGGCACCAGCUCCUUCUGGGACCUGAAGCUGAGGCUGCCUACAGCCAGGGACACCUGAUCCUGGAGCUGGUCCCUGAAGGCCAGGUAGCCUGGAACUCAGUCAUCCUGGAUGGGGCUGCCCACAGGCCUUUUGUGACAGCCCGGGUGAGAGUUGGAGGCAAGCACCGGGUUCGCCGGCGAGGCAUCGACUGCCAGGGUAGGUCCAGGAUGUGCUGUCGACAAGAGUUCUUUGUGGAUUUCCGUGAGAUUGGCUGGCACGACUGGAUCAUCCAGCCUGAGGGCUAUGCGAUGAACUUCUGCACAGGGCAUUGCCCCCUGCACGUGGCUGGCGUGCCCGGCAUUGCUGCCUCCUUUCACACGGCGGUGCUCAAUCUUCUCAAGGCCAACACUGCCGCAGGCACCACCGGAGGGGGUUCAUGCUGCGUGCCCACCGCCCGGCGCCCCCUGUCUCUGCUCUACUAUGACAAGGACAGCAACAUUGUCAAGACUGACAUACCUGACAUGGUGGUAGAGGCCUGUGGGUGCAGUUAGUCCACAUGUGGUACAGGCAGCCCAUGGUGGAGAAUCGUGUCCUGACAGAUGCUCUUCUUCCUUGAGAAGGGGGAGUAGCCUCGUUACUGCCUCUGUCCGGAAAUGGAUUCCCUCUUCCUAAACAACUUAUAAAAAGUAUCCCAACUUGGACUUGGGGAGAUCUUCAUCUAAGGAAAUCACUCUACCAUCUUCAUAACCACCAACUUCUCUCCAUCCGGCAAGCCCCUGCUCACCUCCAACCGGGAGCAGUGCCAUCUGGUUCCCAGGCAGACACCCACAGCCCAUCUUUAAUCCAGCCUACAAUCCACUAUGCCUUUCUAUUCAAUGUCACCCAUUCCAGAAUGAGUUGGCCCAGCCCCUUGCUCUGCUUUUCUGGAUCUCCAGAGAGUUCCUUCAUAGGCUCACCAAACAUUAGCUCCCCUCUAUGUCUUGAGCCCUCUGCCCUCUUACAUGUCCAGCAGGCUGCUAUGGGCUCUCUUGGCUCACCUCAUCAGCUCUUUGGCCUUCCCUGCCCUGCUCUGUACCCUGAGGGGCCGGCUCACUUGAGUUCCUUUGGCCUCUGGCUACCUGCUGAGUUUGACUAAGAGGAGACAGAGGCAGGAGAUCAAAGGAUAGGAGACAGAGGUCUGGGUAUUUCUUAUGCCUGCUCUCUCUCUGCCUAGGUUCCAUGGUUCUGUGUGACUGUGGCUGUGUCCAUGUCCCUACAGCUCCUGUCUGGCUACCCCCUCUGCCUGGGUUUUUAUUAGUGUUUCCGUGCUAUGGGCUUAUAAUGACUUUUCAUUCUUGUUAGUCCCUGGGUUCUUCAGCAUCUCUCUUUAGUUCUCUUAACUCUGCCCCUCUCUCUGUAAAGAAGCCCUUCAUUAAGUCUUCUUAGUGAUGCACAUACAUUCAGCUCAGUGGGUCUUUUGUCUCCUGCCAAGCCCCUGACACCCCAGUGCAGCCCUGCCCAAUUUUUUCUCCUCCUUAGGGCUGAGCUAUUGUGUCCAUCCCAUGAUCAUGACUCUUCCUUCCCCAGGCUGCCUCUUCUUUCUCAGGCCCCCUCUUCCCUCCCAGAACCAUCUCCGCUGGUCUUACAGAAAUAAAGACCUGAGUUUUCCCUGC